CCAAGCACUUUGGCGCCUCCCUUUCCAAUCUCUCUGCUCAGCCGAGAAGGAAAUCUGUUCCAUCUUUUUCUUCUCCAUUCUUCUUCCUCGAUCAAUCCAGUUCAGAAGGCAGCCUCAACGGGGAAGCCAAAUGGAAUGCAAGUAAGGAGUGGGAUGCGGAAGCAAAAGAAGUUUCUCCUUGUCGGCGAUAAAGUUGAGGUGAGGCAACUCGAGGAGGGACUUAGGGGAUCAUGGCAAACUGGCAGUGUCAUCGGGUUCUCGGAGAACACUCGAGUUAUUAGAUACGAUCACUUCGUAGACGAAGACGGCAUCACCAACUGUGUCGAGCGUGUCGCGGUUUCUGGCACCAUUGGUGGUGCUCCUUCCUCUUCGGCGAGAGUUCCUUCUGCUUAUGCGGCCUGUGGGCAUCGCGGUAGGAUCAGGCCUUCGGUACCGCCGUUCGUUGGCCCUCGGCCGAAGGAUUUCUGGUAUGGGCUAUGCGUCGAUGCAUUGUACGAGGACGGGUGGUGGGAAGGAGUUGUGUUUGAUAACAAGGUUGGCUCCGGGGAUAGGUCCGUCUUCUUCCCGGACGAGGGAGACGAAGUGAGGUUUAACGUUGACAGGUUGAGGCUUACGCGCGACUGGGACCAAGUGUCUGGGACUUGGACGGCUCGGGGUACGUGGGCUUUCCUGGCUUUGGUCAAUGAACUCACCGACGGCACCGCGGCAUCGGCGCCGCUAUGGGUUAAGCAACUCUGGUACAAUCUGAGAAGCACAGAUGGUUUUCUUCGUCGCAUCUCAGAAUGGACUCUUGGGGAGCCGUCCUUGUGGAGGACCUUAAUGAAUAAAGCAGUAAGUGAUCAUACAAGCUUUAGAUCUGGAACGUGCAGCAGCCGAUGGACUACAAAAAGCAGUGGACACGAAAGUGACAGCAUAUGCAGUAUAUGUCACUAUGGAGGAUUCCUUAUAUUGUGUGACCAGUGUCCGUCAUCUUUUCAUUUAGAUUGUGUAAAUCUCAAGGAACCUCCGAAAGGAAAAUGGUUUUGCCCAUGUUGUCGAUGUACCAUAUGUGGCAGCAGUGACUUCAGUGUUGGCUAUGGAGAAUUCUCUGAGUUGUCAGUGCUGCACUGUGACCAAUGUGAGCGUGAAUAUCAUGUGGGAUGUUGGAGGAAGAGAGAAGGGCAGAGGCUUGUGAACUUUCCAAUAGGAAGUUGGUUUUGUAGCAGAAAAUGCUCAAAGAUAUUUAAUCACCUUCAUAAGAUUAUGGGGAAACCAAAUCUUACUCCUGUAAAUGGUUUGUCUUGGACCAUCUUGCGAUAUGUCAAUGAUUCUCAUAAAAACGACAAUUCAGUUUCUGAGACCAUGAUUGAGUUUCAGAACAAGAUCUCAAUUGCUCUCGAUGUCUUGCAUGAAUGCUUUCUUCCUGUUAUUGAGGAUCGAACAGGAAGUGAUGUUGUUUCUGAUAUACUCUUCAAUAGAAGUUCGGAUCUAAAUCGCCUCAACUUCAGAGGGUUUUAUACGAUGCUCUUGGAAAAGGGGGAUGAACUCAUAUCAGUAGCUGUAAUCAGAAUUCAUGGUGAGAAGGUAGCAGAGAUGCCUCUUGUUGGCACACGUGUCCAGUAUCGCCGUCAGGGAAUGUGCCAUCUUCUCAUGAGUGAACUUGAGAAUAUGCUUUCAGCUUUAGGAGUGGAAAGGCUGAUCUUGCCUGCUGCUUCUCAGUUGAAAGAUACAUGGAUUCAAUCUUUUGGGUUUAUGCAGCUGACAAGUGAGGAGAAAUUUCAAUUGCUGGGGUUCACUUUCUUGGAUUUUCAGGACACAAUUAUGUGCCAGAAACUCCUAAGUCCCAUUAUUAGAAAGAAUCCACAAGGAAUCACACCAGAAUCAUGUCUUCAUGCUACAAAAACUUACUGGCAGGCUCAGACUGGUGAAAGAGCUUUUCAUGCGGCUGGAGCCUACUCUGUUGAAGCAACUGAAAAUUGCUUCCAAAGAAAAACACCAGGCGACAGUUCGAUGCGGAUUGUUGAUACAAACGUUUACGCUUAUUCUUCUUCUCCAGUUAAAGUGUCUCAAGAAGUUUCAACUGAUCUUGGAUGUCGACUUGGGGGCAUCUAUGACAAGCACCAUAUAGAUGCCAAUGCCAACGAAGCGAUGAACUUAGCUGAAGGCAGGGGUGGUAACUUCUUCCAACAUAUAUAUACACGGCGAUGCAGACGAAUUGCUGAUGAAUCUAUCAACUUAGCUGAAGGCAGGGGUGGUAACUUCUUCCAACAUAUAUAUACACGGCGAUGCUGAUGAAUCUAUCAACAGUAUGAAGCAAACUGCUUUGCUUUGCACUGCUCCACAUUUUCAUGAUUAGUAGAUCCGGAUUUUGGCUUUGUUUGUGUUUGCUUCCUUUUGCUGGCAAGAAUGACGGCCUGUGCAUAUUUUUAUUUUAGGAACACAAUAUGUUUUAUGCAGUAUCAAAUUUGCUAUAUGCAA